AAAAGCACAAAAUUCUGUAUGGAUUAAAUGAAGAAAAAUACAUACUACAUGACUGUUUAGUGAAAGCUAUAAUGCAGUACCUGAGAAUUUCAGAAUAUAACAUUUACAAAGCAAAUUUUCAUUUGAAUUGUAAAUAUGCAAAUAUAGAAAGCCAUUUGAAAUAUCGCCAACUUGCAAAGCCGUUGCAAUCAGGCAGAGUACUGAAAAUCCUUCAUCGGACAGCUCCGGACAGAUGAGAUGAAUGGAAAGGUAGACGGAGAAGAUGAGGAGGAAGACUAUUUAGAUGAAGAAGAAGAUGAGGAUGAAGAAGAGGAGGAAGAACAUCCAGAGGAAGAAGAAGAGGGGGAAAAGUGUGAUGAGAAGGAAGAUAUUCUAGAUGAGAAGAGAAAAGAGACAAAGGAACAGGAGCAAAGCAUUACAGAGCCAGACAUACAGAAAAGGCAGAUUAUGAAAGACGCAUCUGUCCCCGAUGGACCAAAGAAAGAUUCUGAUCCUGCUACUCUUAUAAAAGAGGAAACACAGUCAGAGAGGAAUGAAGUUACAGAAGACAAGCCAAAGACUCUUUUUGGCUCCAGGAACAGGCUUUCUCUUUUCAAGAGAGCUUCCACCAAAGGCAAUAAGGCAGAGAUCGUCACAUCAGGCAAACCGGGAGCUGACGGUCCCCCUCAAAUCCCAGAGACUCGAGAGCCAGAGAGUUCUAGCAGUGGAGCACAGACCACAGCAUCCAGUCGAUCACAUUCAGCCACUUGCAAUCUGCUUUGACACCUGGUUUGAAACCAUCUUCUGACUUGAAAAAAGGGAUCAGAAUUAGUAGAAUCAGCAGUUCAACAAAGCAUCAUCCUGUUGGUGUUGGUGGUGUUAAUGGUACUGUGCCUUGUGCUGCAAAGCAGACAUCACAAAAUAACUAGCUUUAGCAGAAAACUGAGUUUGGGAGAUGGAUUUAAGCAGAGCUGUGUGAGCCAUAAUGGUUUUGCUUCGGUACUACAUUGUAUAAUGUUUUUCCCUUUAUAUGUUUGCAGUGUCUGAUUUGUAUAACUUUUUAGCAAAUACAUUCUCAAAGUCAUUUUGAGUAAAUUUACCAAUAUGUGCAGUAUAUCUACAAAUACAAUUAUGUAUGUGUUUGUAUGUUUUUAUACCUAUUUAUUUACAUUUGUUGAAAGAAUCAAAGCACCUGUGCACUUUAUAUAUUAUAAAAAUCUUGUAUUCAGGGUAACGUGAUACUUUUUUGUCAAUGGACUUUUUGUAAGAAUCAUCUCACAACCUUUGUAUUUGACUUGAUACAAGUAAAGUCAACUCAAAAUUGUCAUUUUCUUUUUUAUGAUAGAUAGAUAGAUAGAUAGAUAAUGGUGAGUGGGAGGAGCGCCACUAGGUGGCAGCACUCAAUCGUCAUUGUGUUGCUAACAUCAGCCUUUAGUUGUCAGUGAGAGAACAACUACGCUCAUCUGAACUGUUUUGUCUAGAUUUUUGGUUUUCAAGCUAAAAAAGAUGGAGGAGUAUCAUUCUGGAGAUGAAGUGUCUUUCAGUCCAGAUGAUGCAAGUAAUGUUGUAAAGGAGUGCAUUGAGGGCAUUAUUGGAGGCGUGGACUACAGCCAGAACAAAGUCAAUGGCCAGGAC